CACUAAACACCCUGCUGCAUUGUCUCAUAUACACACACACACACACACACACGUUGUGCACAAAACUAGUGAGCGAUGAGCAAAUGUUCAUUUCUCAGCAUCAGGAUCAAGAAAAGUGAGAAACGAAGCUGAAGUGUGUGUAUCAGUGUGGGGGCAGUGUGAGAGUCAGGAUGUCUGCGGCUAUUAAAGACAGGUUGGAUUUCACUGUGGGAGACUAUGCUGUAUUUGGCACCAUGUUGGCCUUUUCCAUGUUUAUUGGUAUAUUCCAGUCUCUACGGUCACGUGGCCGGAGCUUCAUAGAUUCAGACUCAGUAGAGAAUUUCUUCACGGGUGGGCGGAACUUGGGGGCAUUACCAGUGGGGGUGUCUCUGUGUGCAAGCUUCAUGUCAGGGGUGCAGGUGCUGGGGGUUCCCUCUGAGUCCUACCUGUAUGGCUUUAAGUUCCUCUACAUGUGUUUGGGGCAAGGAAUCAACUCGCUCCUGACAGCCACACUCUUCCUUCCUGUAUACUACAGACUAAACAUCACUUCCUCUAAUCAGUAUCUCAGGAUGAGGUUCGGCAGAGGAAUGCAGCUGCUUGGGAGCCUGCAGUUUCUCAUAGCCACACUCCUCUACACUGGCAUUGUGAUCCUUGCUCCUGCACUCAUCCUAAAUCAGGCUACAGGGUUAAACAUGUGGGCGUGUCUGAUCUCCACUGGACUCAUCUGUACCUUCUACACAAGUCUGGGAGGAAUGAAGGCUGUCGUGUGGACAGAUGUGUUUCAGGUCGCCGUUAUGCUUUUGGGUUUUGUGAUUAUCUUUGUACACGGCACUGUCCUGGCUGGAGGACCAGCAAAUGUCCUGGAGAUCGCCUUUAACGGAUCACGCAUCAACUUUAAUGAUUUUCAGUUGGAUCCUCAGAGGCGCUACUCGUUCUGGAGUUUUACGGUUGGAGGGACGAUGGUGUGGUUGUCCAUGUACGCAGCUAAUCAGGCUCAGGUGCAGCGCUACAUCUCCUGCAGGACGGAAACACAGGCCAAGUGGGCUUUGUUUAUCAAUCAGCUGGGUUUGUGUGUGAUUGUGAGCAGUGCAGCUACUUGUGGUAUUGUGAUGUUCGCUCUUUAUUCACACUGCGAUCCUCUUAAAUCUGGCCGAAUCUCUGCACCGGACCAGUACAUGGCAUAUUUCGUCCUGGAUAUUUUUCGGGAACUUCCCGGAUUCCCUGGACUUUUCCUAGCGUGUGCGUACGGUGGAACUUUAAGUACAGUCUCAACCAGCAUUAACGCCAUGGCUGCGGUAACGAUGGAGGAUCUUCUGAAGCCGUUUCUCAUCAACUCGUUACAGAGGAAACAGAUCCAGCUCUGCAAAUUACUGUCAUUACUGUAUGGAGUUGGCUGCAUCACAACAGCGGCUCUCUGCUCUCUCCUGGAUUGGGGAGUUCUUCAGGGCUCGUUUACAGUCAUGGGCGUGGUUAACGGGCCACUCCUGGGCACUUUUAUCCUUGGUAUGUUCAUACCAGCUGCAAAUAAACCGGGUACGUUUGCUGGCGUGACCGUGGGGUUCUCUCUCGCUCUGUGGCUCGCUGUCGGAAGCUCAGUUUAUCCUCCAACCCCACAGAGAAUGGGUGUGUUACACACCAGUGCAGACUUCUGCCCUUCAGCUAAUGCUACACACAACUCCACUAUGCUAACAUCAUCAUCACCUCCACCUCCACCUCUAGGACCUGAAGAGAGCUGGACUCAUGGUCUUCUGGAUUUUUACUCCAUAUCCUACCUGUACUUUGGAGCUCUGUCCACUGGAGCAUCUGUGCUAGCCGGAGUAGUGGUUAGCUACCUAACAGGACCCACACAGAGAAGCUCGAUCCAGCCUGGUUUGCUGUGGUGGGAUCUGAACACUCACCGUGAUGCUCCUCAGGAAGACACAGGUGAAUCGAUGACCCUGAAUCCCACCAUUGUCCUUCUGAACCCUGAGAAUGAUGUGGAGAAGGAGCACAAAUCUGCAUCUGUUCUGUGAGGAACAUUUGUGUUGGUGAUGGAGUUCAAAGAAAAUGUGUUUCUUUAUCAGCAUGUGCUUCAAAUCUGUACAAAUACAACCAAAUACUAACAGCCA